CAUCAGUCAAACUCGCUGAGGCUGGGAAUCCACCACCCAUGUGAUGACGUCACGAGGCUCUGACAAGCUGGUGGUGCCGGAAGAAAAGAUGGCGGAUCAUGAGGAGCAGCUAUCCGACGAGGAGAAGGUACGCAUAGCAGCUAACUUCGUCAUCCACGCCCCGCCAGGAGAGUUCAACGAAGUUUUCAAUGAUGUGCGGUUGCUGCUCAACAAUGACAAUCUUCUCAGGGAAGGUGCAGCGCAUGCGUUUGCACAGUACAACUUGGACCAGUUCACCCCGGUGAAGGUCGAGGGAUACGAAGAACAGGUCUUAAUCACAGAGCAUGGAGACCUGGGGAACGGCCGGGUCCUGGACCCCAAGAGCAAGAUGUCCUUCAAGUUCGACCACCUGAGGAAGGAGGCGAGCGACCCGCGGCCCCAGGACGUGGACGGGUCCCUGGAGGGCUGGAGGGGCGCCGUGGACUCUGCCGUCAGGGCCUACGUCAAGGAGCACUACCCCAACGGAGUCUGCACCAUUUACGGGAAAACCAUCGACGGACAUCAAACCAUCAUCGUGUGCAUCGAGUGCCAUCAGUUUCAACCAAAAAACUUCUG